CAACGGCUACUACUACAACAACAUGCCACGACCCACAGCCCAGAACCAACAGCCUACCAUCGAACACGACCACGACGAUGAAACGGAUGACGAUCGGGAUGAGGCAGAGGCAGAGGCGAUUGCCGAUGCACUGCUGGGACGGAAGACUCAGACCAGACUCUCGAUUGGCAAUCACAUCCACUCAUCAUCACCAUCCAGGCUUAGCUGUCUGGAAGAAGGACAGGUACAUGAGGAAGACGAAGGCCAUCAACUUCAAAGCAGAUCCAUCCCAGAGAACUCAUCAACCGGACCACAACCACCACCCUCAUCACUACUCGAUCGACUCGGGCCACCCUCCCAAUCAGCCUCACUAACCUCAUCUAGCUCACCACAGGAUGAUCGAGCCAGGAAAACCCAUGUCCAAAUCCCAGAGGAACCAAAACCACUGUCGAGGAACUCGAGAGCAGCACAUAGGCAACAACAACAACAAGCUCACUCCCCCAAACGACCGCACCACUCACGCUCCAGAUCUCCCAAUCGUCAGCCACCCUUGUCGGCUACCGAACAGAGGCGGGCCUCACUCAGCUCUCGCAUCACCCUCUCCAAUCGACAUCACUCCUGCUCACCCAUCGCCCUCCAGUUCGACGUCCAAUCCAGGUGCCAGCAGAUCGCCCGUCGCUUCUCAUCCCCCUCCAACUCAACCCCAACCAGAAAGGAUGCCCGCGAACAGCGUGAAGGAGCACCUGCCCCAUCUGCCCCACGCAACGAAUCCAACAACCAUCAACAUCGCCCUCAUCACCAUCACUCAUCAUCCUCUCAAUCUCACCACCAACACACCACCAACAACAACAACAACAUUAACAACAACAACCCAGGUCCAAGCUCCAAUAGUAAGGCCUCAAACUCGAACGCCAUAGCACUCCCAACAAACAAGUCACCAACCCUGAAGAAUCCAGCACUCAGAGUCUCGGUCCUAAUCGAAAACUUGCCAUCCUUUACAGUCCUAACUCCUAGGAGGCUCUACGACCAUCUAGCCCAUUUGGUACCUCCUAAGCACAGACAAGAGGCCACCCUUCCCUAUGGACUCAAACUUUACAGAUACGCUCGUUCGGAUUGCGUCUGUGCCGAGCUCAGGUUUCAUGCUCUUGUUGCCGCCCGUAACUUCGCUCACAAAGCUUCCCGGGCUUGGCCUUCGAUCUGGUAUACCGCCUCCAAGGCCCCUCCAGACACACGCAAGAAAUUCAUGGAAUUCACCGUCCUCGAGGGAGAUAAACCAGUCACUUGGCCUAGUCGCUUCGAAACUUACUAUCCUAAGCUCAAAUCGGACCUGUUAGACCGGCCCAACACUCGAGCUGUCGAAGAAGAGCCCAGCACGGUGGAAACGGAAACCAGUCCAAGUGCUCCGCAAGCGCGACAGGCUCCCAUCCCUGAAUUCGGACGUCGGAGACCAGCAUCGACCAAUCCAUCAACAGCACCUGCAGCGUCCAAGUUCCCCAAGCCCACAAACGCUUCGGCGUCAAAAGCUGGUAGUUCAGAUCGUCCCAAAGGUCGUCCUGCUGAAGAAGAACAUGUUGCCCCAGUAAAGAAGAAAGCACGCCCGCCUGCCUUGCAAGCCCCAUCCAUAGAGGAAUCUCACGAAUUGAUCAAGAAUGAGAUAUCUAUCCUACUCAGUCAAUCAUCAAGCUCAAAACCACCAAAGGACACUAAACUCACACCCUCUAAUGAGCCUCCUCAAGAUACCAAACCUCCGAUGGCCAAGACCUCUGCCAAGGAUGCAAAUCCACCACUCACCCAUCAACCUGCCAAUGGUCAACUCUUCAAAACUUGCGACGAUUCUCCAGCGGGUCCAGUGCCUGCGUCAACUCAGUCAGAUGAACAUCAACCACCAUUCACCUCGGUUAUCAAUGUACCAAUAGCACCCCCAGCGUCGGGCUUGAAAAUACCAGGUCUGAAUGGAAGAGCAGGACAGCAAGAAAACCCAUCGCCAGCGUUGACCUUGCAAUCUGCGAGCUCGAAGAGUCCCGAGUCUGCGGACACGAAAUUCCCUAAUCCUCUGUUCACCAUGGAGAGCAUCCCGAAAGACCCGAAGGAUCAAAUGAAUGGGGUCUUAUUGAGCAAGAUGCUCCCCUCGAUCACCCUCUCAGUCCUCCAGAGUCACUUCUUAAUCCCCAAUCGACCACGCGAUUUCAGGAUCUUCGAGCCCAUUCAAAUCUCUUAUGGUCCCUUCUUCUCCCCUCAUCCAGUCGAUCAGAUGAUCUCCUCCAGCUCUUCUUCUUCUUCGUCCAACAACCACAAUCCCUUCAAUCAUCAACUCGAGAUCGGCUGUCUGAUCUCCUUUAGUGAUCCGAAUACUGCUGCUCACUUUUGUAGGGUCUUGGAACUCAAUUCUCCCUUUCAUCCUUUACAGGUUCGCGUGGUCGACCCUGCGCACAUUCAAUUCCUCCCCUCGGCAUCAACGAUCAGUAAUCCACCGAAACAGCAGCAAGGAUAUAUGGACCCAAGCGGGACCUUCUAUGGCUCGACGAGUGGUUUCUACGGGAACGGGGGGUAUCUGGAUGUGCAGAACCAAUACAAUUGGUCGACGGUCCCACGUGAGAUGAUCCAGUCGGGCAGUCCGUUAGGGAUCGGGCCGACGAGCCAGCUGGCCGAGUCACGUCCGUCGAGUCUGCCGAUCCACCCACACCAACAUGCCGAGAUGGUCUAUAAUAACAGCCCCUACGGCUAUCUGAACGACUACAACAAUCACCUGCUCGGCCAUCAUAUGUCCCCACAUCCCACCCCCUCUCCUCUCUCCUUCGGCCCCUCACUCUCCUACAACAACCACUCUCCUUUCUCGAUCACCAAUCAUCCCCCCGCCGUCUCCGACCCUUCGCAAGACCUCUCUUCCCUCCUCUCUUCCUCCUCUUCAACCUCUCAGAAUUUCGUCAACCAUCAACUCCCGCCUAUCCCUCCCCCGCAAUCCCAGGCUACUAAUAACCUUCAUCCUCCCUCCUCUCGAAUCUCUCAAGACUUCUCUCAUCAUCCUUUACCACCUCUUCCUCUCUUUACCCCUCAACGAUCUCCUCCUCCUCCUACCCUACCACCACCAACGACGACGACAACAACAACAACCACAGCAACGGCGGCGACGACGACGACGACUGCAACUGCUUCUACUUCUAAUUCUUCACACGAUAUCCAGCUUUCUAAUGCUCAACAACCUCCUUCGGCUUCCACUUCAGUUGACUCACUUGAAAUCCUUACCUUCUUACCCAAUCCUUCUUCUUUCGAUCAUACUAAUUUCAAUUCGAAUUCGAAUUCGGUCAAUUCGGGUUCUAAUUCGAAUUCGAAUCCUUACUUUUAUUCGAAUUCGAUGGCUAGCUCUCAAUCGAUUUCUCAUUCAAACUUCAAUCCUAAUCCCAAUCCGGAUUCGAAUUCCAGUUCCAAUCUGAAUACCGAUUCACACUCGAAUUCGAACUCGAAUCCGGAUCUGAAUCCCAAUGACCAUGCCAACUCUAAUCCGAUUACCUCAACCAUAUCGGCUACUACUUUACCUUCAUCGACUUCGGAUCCUGCUGCGGCUUCUGAUCCUUCUUCGACUUCUGAUCCUAAUUCGCAACUUCAACGGCUGGAACGGCUCAAGAAAAUCUUGCAGGCUAGGAAAACUGGUGUUCAUUAAUC